AUGGCGCCCAAUAUACAGGGUCUAGCCCUGCUUGCAUUAAAUUUAAUGCUGGUAUGGCGAUCUGCAGUAUCACAAGUUCCCAAUCAGCCAUGUGUAAUACCAGAGGAGUACCAUGGUGACUGGUAUACACAAGAAGCUGGUGUUGACACACAGACAAUUGUCAAUGCUGAGAAAUGGGAGAUACAAGGAAGUAAUGCCAAGACACUGCAGUGUACAGAUAUGCAUAUUCAUCCCUUCACUGGAAUAACUGUCCAGGAUGGCCGUAAUGCAACCAUGCUCAUGAAAGAAAUGAACGUGGCACCAGGUACAACUGUAUGUUUCUUCUGUGUUGAUGUGCUCUGGAGAACUCCUAACAUCCUACAAUACAGGAAAGAGGACUGUGUGAGAUCUGGCUCUGGAUUUGAUAUCAGUUUGAAUGCAUCAUGUAAAGGAAUGAAGGCUAACUAUGGUCUUCCUACAACAGAUGAUGCCAUCACCAUGUUUCGUCUGGCUCCAAAGAAAGUGAACUGUAUUUCGACAUUUGAGGGUGUGUACCAGUUUUCAUAUGAAGUAGAUGUUGGUGGUGGAGGUAUCUGUAACAACCCUCUAAGUCAGAUAGAGGCGUGUCAAGAUCCUGGAUCAGCAUACGUUGAUAACGAAGUCUUCAUGAUGACCUACGCAAAAUGUCCGGAUGUCUCAACUUCCAGGAAUGAACAGACUCGCUACCAAUGUAUGGGUACCUGGUUUGCCAGGAGGAGUGGACGAGGUUACACAUAUGCUGCUAUAGCUGAUACUGUAGAGAAAGACACAAGAGAGAAGUUUAAGUGUCUCAUGACAUUGAAGAAUCAGAAAGAUGCUAACAACCAGAUCCGAUGGGUGAUGUCCAGGUUUCCUGACUGCUCUAAACUUAAUAGUAUCUACAACGGUCCAACCAAGUUUGUCCUCACCAGAAUUCCACCUGUAUCUGACUACAUGACACCAAAAUGUAACCUACCGCGAAACAUCACUGGUACCUGGUUCACCCAGGGGGAUGCAUACCGAUCCAAUGUCAAGAUCAACGAAACUCACAUCACUUUCAAAACUGCAAUCAAUGAAUUUGAGUACCAAGAAGUGUUCUACUCAUGUCAGCAAACACUUGGUACUCGUUUCCUCAUGACCAAGGUCACAGUCGGCAAAUGUGAGAAGGAUUUUGUGUGUUUUGACCUGAUGCCACGACAUCACAGCAUUGUGAGGUACAGAGUUGGUAAACCAAACAGAUUGACGGAGGAUGAGAAAGCUGACCCUAAUUAUCUCACCAAGAAGUUUCGUGAGGCCUGCAGCUGGAUGUCCUUCACCUUUAACCGUGACGACACAGAUUGGAAAUAUAACGUCCUUAUUUUGAACCCACCUUCUCCUGUUCCCUGCCCAGUAGCUGGUAGAUACCAGUUUGAACAAAUGGCUUCCCGUCAAGAAGAGAAAUAUUCCACCCGUAUUCGAGGUGUUACUAAGAAACCUCGUGUUCAAGUUGACUGUCGAAUUAUUGUAUCAGAAAUGAAGUCAUGCUCCAAUGAUAUGACAAAGAUUGAAGUUGAUGCUGAGUACUGUGAAACUGUUGACUACAGAGGCAGACCAAUUGGAGAAUAUGAUGUGUCUGAUCACAUACUGAUGUGUGUGGGAUUCUGGAUGGAAGACUAUCGAUCUUACCUCAUUACUUGGGAUGAAGAGGAUGCUAUCUCUGCCUUCAGAUGUUGGGUUUAUGAGCGAACUAGCUGGACAGAUGUGAUGAUGUCCCGAUCCCAAAAUGCUCGUUGUCCUAGAGCACAAACUGCCCAAGAUUACAUGAUGGCAGGAACUGGUCUCUCUCUCCGCAUGACAGAGUCCGAAAGGCUGUUUGAUGACUGUCCACAGAGAUUUGACCCUGGCAUCAAUCCUUACAAGAAGCCUACCACAAUCUAUGUCCUCAGCAAAUCUAAUGCAGUUUCUCCAUCUAAAUUCUUCCUCGUCUUGGCAGCUUGUCUUCUGUUCUUCAUUCACUAACUUCUGUACAUGUU